UUCAGUAUUAUUAUACUGAGGUAUUGGAGUUAAGAGUUGUGGCGCAAAGAUGAAAGAACAACAAUUAUGCGAGGCGGCGAUUAAGGGUGACACGGAGAAACUAACGGCUCUGAUUGAAUCCGGCGCCGACGUUACUCAUUUCGACGGCGAUGGUCUCACUCUACUCAUGCACGCUGCAAAGCACGGCCAUGCACCCAUCCUCAAUAUCCUUCUCUCCGCCGGUGCUCCUUGGAACGCUCUUUCUCCAUCCAAUCUAUCCGCCGGUGAUUUCGCAAUGGAAGAAGGUCACCAAGAAGCUUUCGAACUUCUCCUCAAUGCCGGGAUUCGAUCUGAAUUAAUAUUGGGAACAAUUGCUAGAAAAGAAAAUAAAAAAGCAGAUUCUGGUGAUGAUUAUUUGGAAGAUAGGGUUAGUUUUAGUGAAGAUAAAGUUAUGGAUGCUGAUAGUAAAGCUGUGAUGAUGGCAUGGGAGAAACCAUUGAUGGAGGCUCAUGCUAAAGCUGUUUGUUCAGGAGGUGGUCAUGUACUCAAUAUUGGUUUUGGAAUGGGUCUUGUUGAUACAGCUAUACAGCAAUAUUCACCUAAGACACACACCAUUGUUGAGGCUCAUCCAGAGGUUUAUGAACGCAUGCUUCGAACCGGUUGGGGUCAGAAGGAAAAUGUUAAGAUUGUUUUUGGCCGUUGGCAAGAUGUCCUGUCUCAGCUUGAAACAUAUGAUGGGAUAUUCUUCGACACCUAUGGGGAGUACUAUGAAGACUUGAGAGAGUUCCACCAACAUCUCCCGGUAUUGUUGAAGCCUGGUGGGAUAUACUCUUUCUUCAAUGGCCUUUGUGGUGGUAAUGCAUUUUUCCAUGUUGUUUACUGCCACUUGGUAUCUCUUGAGCUUGAGAAUUUGGGGUAUUCCACACAAUUAAUUCCACUGGCUGUUAAGGAUUGUUUGGGGGAACAAGUUUGGGAAGGUGUUAAACACAAAUACUGGCAGCUUGAUACAUAUUACCUCCCUGUUUGUCAAUCGGCAGAGGACUCUCAAUGAUGUUUAGUUUUGAAUGUAGGGUCUGAUUUUGUUCACUUUUUCGGAAAGAUACUAACACAUGAUGUAUUGUUGCUUGUGUGGCGUAUGGUAUUGUAAGAGAACAAUCAAUAUUGAGCUUUAUUUUUAAAUUUUCAUUAUA